AAGGCAACCACUUCGUCUUUCAAUUCUCUUUUAUUCCGCGCACAUAUGAGGGAAGAUCGAUGGACUUUGAACAACAAGGCGGGCAAGAAGGGACCUUUGGCGGUGCCUUGUCAUUCCGACGGCCGGCGACGGCGUUUACGUGUAACACAAGAGGCAGCCUGCGAUGCGCAUCCGAGAGGGCAUACAUGAACUAGCAGGCGGCCAACCUUCGAUUUAUACUUGCCUGGCUCGCCCAACACUCCGGUUCUCAUGUCGCUAGACUGCAGAGAAGGACGAUGAAGGAGCGGUCGAGGUCGAGGCCACAGCGCGACAUGCGAGGCGAGACAAUGACGCUUGCAAAACUGCUGGGUCCCGAGCCAAAUACCCGUCACCAUCAUCGGACAAGCUGUCUUUUACCACAAAAAACAAUCUCAAUUGCCAUCAUUCGACAAAGCAAAACUCAACUGACGUAGCAGAUAGCUUGGCCAUGUCUGCACAACUACCUGACCGCAAGAGCUCGAACAUCGAGCUCACCCAACUGACCCAUGAGGAAGCUGUACAUCAAACCGAACUGAACAGUAUCGAGUGGAAAGGUCCCCUGUCUCUGGAGGCAUACCUUCGCAGGGAAGAGCACCUAGGGAAACAAAAAUUGGUCCGUGAUGGCGGACUAACUCCUUGGGCCUUGGUAACAAAGGACGGUAGUCCUCGUUCUGUCCUCUCCAGCUGCGAAACCAUUCGCAAGAAAGCUCUAGUUGCCCAGAAUGGCCAGAUCAAUGAGGUCAUCUGUCAUGGUGUUGCCAGUGUAUUUUGCCCUCCGGAGUACCGCGGGAAAGGUUAUGCUGGGAGGAUGAUAAAAGAUCUUGGAGAGACGCUGUCCAAGUGGCAGACAGACGGACACGAGUGUUUGUUUAGCGUAUUGUAUUCAGACAUUGGCAAGCAAUUCUACGCUGCACAUAAAUGGAAGCCGUUUCCGUCUGCCCACAUCUCUCUUCCUCCAACAGCAAAUUCGCAAGACACUCCCCUACCCGAAGCCAAGAGCCUUUACUCCAGCGAUCUUACUGACCUCUGCGAUGUCGACUUGACACUCGUGCGUAAGAAGCUCAUGAAUGCAGCGACCUCGGGCAAGACUAUUGCCUCGAUCGUGCCCGAUGUUGAGACUCUCUCCUGGCAGCAUGCUCGUGAAGAGUUCGUCGCAAACGAGUUGUACGGCAGGGCUCCUGAUAUCAAGGGUGCAAUCGUCGGUACCGAGCAAGGCAAGCGAGUCUGGUGUGUAUGGAUGAGAACGUGGUAUAGCAGCGACCCUCAAAGGACCAAAGACAACUCGUUGAAUAUUCUUCGACUUGUGGUGGAAGAUGCUGAAUACACCGACUCAUCUGCAGCAUCCGAUGAGGGCGUGGAGAAAGCGAAGGGUACAUAUGUAACUGCAGCCAUCGCUUCACUUCUGGCUGCAGCUCAAGCGGAAGCUAGCAGAUGGCAUGUGGGAUCGGUCGACAUAUGGAACCCAUCAUCUGCAACCCUGGCGGCAGCAAAACAGUUGAAUUCUGCAGCAGAAGUCACUCACCGGGAAAAAGACAGCAUUGCGAGUUUGAGAUGGUAUGGUGAAGGCUCGAUCGAGACGAUUGAGUGGAUGGACAACGAAAAAUAUGCCUGGUGCUGAUUAAGAGCUCGACAGGUGUUCGCAAAUGUACAUAUACUGUCUGACUCGAUAAAGAAAAUGCUCAUAGACAUAGAUACUUCACAUACAUGUACUCUUCCGAUCAUUCUCCUUCGUUGAGGUAGCCUUAGCAUGUGUCGUGGGCGCUAGAGAAAUUUUGUGGUUGGAUCAUUCACGUUUUGCAUCGUGGAGGAUUGGGAACCAAAAGUUCAAGCGGAGCCGACAGUUGAGAUGUCGGCGACAAAGGACGACGAGGCACGACAAAGA